GGUAAGGAACUUUAGUGCGCAACGCUGGGUGCGUAUCACGAAAAAAUACAGGAGGUGAAGGACAGGGUUGACAAUGCGGUCGAUUUCCUUAUAACUUUGUUUAUGUGUGCGUUUUAGACAUCUUCCACACAUAGCAGGUCGCAUAACUUGUGCGUAUAGAUGCAUGCACGAUUUUGUCUUUUGACAGUUGCAGCUCUGAGGCAAUAAAAUCAUACGCGUGUAAGAAAUAUAGUCUCCAGGGCUGGAAAUACUUUUAAGGAUAUGGUGAUGUGAAUCCGUUUAGACAGUGUAUCAUUGCUGAAAUCGCUACAAUCUCCCGGCCGCCGAAGAGGAGGAGGAGAAGGAUGUUUUUUUGGAUUUGUGCCUCCUCAAGAGAAGCAAGGCUUAUUUAAGAAGAAGGAUCAUGGUGGCUGUCAGAGGGAAGGAUUUGGGAUCUAAGCAGCUGAAGGAAGCCAAUGAGGAGAGCUACGCACUGGCCACGGCUGAGGACACAUGAGGAGAAGCGCUCAGGAGUCUACUCCGCUGGGGUUAAAGUGUGCAGUGUGCACUACUUCCUGCCGCAGGUAGAGCUGUCACAGUGUGGUGUGGAGCUCUAGCUGUGUCAGAGGCUUGCCGUGUCCUUGCCUCACUGCUGCAAGAGCUGCUCGGCUGGAUAACGCAAUCGUUCUCACGCGCACACGCAGAGGAAUCCAGAUCCCACCUUCGCCAUGGAGAAGUGCUGUUCUGAGUGUUCAGAGCCCAGGAUGGCUCAGAGCUUGUGCACCUUCUGCAACAAGUGGCUGUGUUUCCAGUGCACAGACCUGCAUCAGCACGAGAGAAGCUCCAGUCAACCGUUCGACCUACAGCACCAGCCGCGAGACCCUCCAUCACCAUCUGAAAUAGGAGCUGGUUGCUGCGGGCAUGCAGUGGUCAUGUGUUCCCUCCACAAACAGGAGCCUCUGGAACUCCUGUGUGAAACGUGCGACCUCAUGGCCUGUAGCAUCUGUCACCUGUCCGCCCACAAAGACCAUCGACUGGUGCAUGUUGGGAAAGCUCUGCAAGACCAGCGCUGGCUCCUGCAGAACCUCAUGGCCCGAGUGGAGGAAAAGAGAUCUGCUGUGGAGAGCAGCGCUAAACAGAUCCAGGGCAGGCUCCAUGGUAUAAAGAUCACGCAGAGGAAGGCAGAGAACCAGAUAAAAAUGGCUAAGAUGAUUAUGAUGAACGAGCUUAACAAAAGGGCCAACCUAUUAAUAGAACAACUGGAGAGUAUCUCCAGCGAUUUCAAGCAACGACUGGAGGACCAGCUGCAGGGGGCCAUAGAGCUGUGCAGCCAGCUGGAACGCGUUCAGAACUUCAUUACCUGGGCUACAGCCCACCACAGACGCAAUCCACUGCUAUUCAGCAAAGAGCUGAUUGCUCUUCAGAUGCAGCAAUUACUGGAACCACUGAUGCUCUCAGAGGCUUGGACCCAGUUGAAAAUCAAGUUUAACUGGGAUGCCAGCUUCUGGACCAAGCAGAUGUCCACUUUAGGUAAGCUGAGCUAUUGGAUUUGCACAUCCUGA